AUUAUCAAUUGUAUUUUUUAUGUUUUAUAUUGAGUUACAAUUUGCAAAAUAUAACAUUGUAAAGGUAGGAAAAAGUAUUAGAAUUAACUACAUUCGGAUACUGUAUCUCUAUUUAAUACCUUGAUUUUAUAGCCAUGAUUCAAAAUGUUGACAUGAAAUAUAAAAAAAAUCAUGCCCCCCCCUUGUGGGGCACCCCUGCCCUCAUCAUCCCCUGAGCACACAGAUGAUCCACGUAGAGAAGGUGACAUCAACACUAGCCAGGAAUGGGCCUAAAUUCCUCAGCUCAAAAAUAUACAAGGUUCCGGCUAGCUUUAGAAGCAUAGAGAGAGAAGACAAAUUCAAGAAAGCAUUCAAGAGCUAUUUGUCAGCCAAUCCAUACUACUCGGUAGAAGAGUAUCUACAGAUUGUCGACCACGACGCAGCAGCGUUUCCAGUGGGAUAACUACAAGUAUCAAGUCUUUUCUGUGAUGUACAUUAGCCUAUUAAUUGCUCUACUUAGUGCUAAAUAACUUCUAGGGUGAAUUUUCCCCUCAUUGUGAACAAGCUGAAAGGAGAUACAACAAUAUUGAACAAUAUCUUCAACUCUAGAAACAUGGCCAGUUUUCAGGAAAUUAAAGAUAAAAUUCUGAACCUAUCUCUUGACGAGAAGCGCAAACUGUACAAAUGUGGAGCCAAGUACGUGAUUUUGGACAAAGUUGAAACAUGGGCCGAUUUCUACAGUCGAGAUAACCAGAGACUAGUCGAUGACUAUAACAAAACGUACGGUGGACAGAAAUCAGAAUUUGAUGCGAAUGUUGAGCUGAAUAGGAAGGUGUCAAUGUGGCAAGGAGAUAUCACAACUCUGGAGAUUGAUGCCAUUGUGAACGCGGCCAAUAAAGCUUUGAUGGGUGGAGGUGGAGUUGAUGGCGCCAUUCACAGAGCGGCCGGUCCACAUUUGAAAGAGGAGUGUGCAACUCUGCAUGGCUGUGAAACGGGCGACGCCAAGAUCACAGGCGGAUACAACCUACCCGCCAAAUAUGUUAUACAUACAGUUGGACCCGUAGGAGAGAAACCUAGUCUGCUUGAAUCCUGCUACAACACUAGUCUAGAUAUAUUAUCAAAGGAAAAACUCGCAUCUGUGGCGUUCCCAUGCAUCUCAACAGGAGUUUAUGGCUAUCCACAAGAGAAAGCAGCUCAUGUCGCUCUGAAGGCUGUGAGGAAGUUUCUAGAAUCCAAUUCAUCUGAUGUUGACAGAGUCAUUUUCUGUCUGUUUAUGCCUGAGGAUGUGAAGAUAUACGAGAACUUGCUUCAAAUGUAUUUCCCACAUUGACUGACGAUAAUGAUGUAUGAAUUUUUUUAACGAUGUAUGACUGACAAUGUUUGUUAUAAAUAAAAUAAUUACAAAUAACAAUAAA